AAGAAGGGAUGCUUGUGGUCAGUUCUUCUUUUUUUCUCCUCUUUUUUCCCUUUUCUUUUUCAAAAAAACUUUAAAGAUGUGGUUGCAGCCCCUAACCAAUCAAAGCAUGGGAAGUGUGGAAGUAAUGGAAGCAUGUGGAGCUGAGAAGCGGGGGUCUUUCUGACUGACAUCCUCAGUGUCCUAUGGGGAUAGAGUAACGGAGUAGACGGAGCAGGGAACCCACCCAAAGGCAAUUAAGGGUAAAGGACGAAGAAAUUUGAUGAAACUUUUUCGCCAUAGAGAGAUUGCAAGGAUAGCCCCGAAAAUGACGGAUACGCACAGAAGAAUGCAGAUGUCCCCGUUUACACGAUGUAGCCCGAGUUGUUGGGUCUGUUUUUAAUAAAAUUGCGAUAGAAUGCGUUAUACGACCAACUGAAGUUUUUAUUUUUUUAAUCUCCGCCAAGAAGUCUGGAACAAAGCAUUUGGAAGUUAUAUAAAAGCAGAUAAGUAAUUCACAACUGUCAGCACAGUAUGUGGGAUCAGAAAAGGGGUCUACGCAAAUGUGAUACUGAGAUCACAAGUUUCUUCCGAGGACAAUCAAGAUCAAGUUCGACUCAGAUAACGGACGAGAGGGUAUUCAUCUCGGCUCUCUCCGGCGUGACAGAAUAACGUCGGAUGCGUGGAGAGAGUUUUCUACUUUUUUACCCUCAACUAAAAAGGGAUUUUUUUAAAAACUGAUUCACGGGUGUUUUGUCUGUUGCGGGCAUGGGGGCAGCAACUGGCUCAGGCUGGGAAGAAGGGGAGUUCGAGUUUAAGUUGGUGUUUGAGGAGGACCAGACCCGCGGCCCAUCCCCGCUGCGCAACGCCGACCGGGACCCCGGCGCUGUUGGGGAGAGGCCGGACCGAGCCCCCGCUCACCUUGACACCAGCAGCAACACUGAUACCUCCACCCAUGUGGGCCACCCGCUGGGCAUCCCAUCGCCGCCCAGCUCCAGCAGCCAGAGGGCGGGCAUGCACUCCCCGCCCCCCAGGAGGGCCCUGGUGCGGGAGUUCAGUGGCACGUACGAAAGCCUUCCGGCAAGGUCCAUACAGGUGUCUGAGUCCCGAGUGCUGGAGUGCCCGAGCAUCCAGAUCACCACCAUCUCCCCGGAGGACGACUCAGCGCUAGCCGGCGGAGGCUACUGGGACACGGGGGGCGGCGGCUGGGAGCGCGAGCGCCUCUACCUGCCGCUGCUGGACCCCUUCAGCUACCGCGACGGCGGCAUGUCGGGGGGCGCCGGCUCCCUCAGCCCCAGCCCCGCCUCCAGCCCCUCGUCGCGCGGCUGGCUCAGCCCGGCGUCCAGCUGCGAUUCGCUGCUGGCCGAGGAGGAGGAGCUGAACGAGGCCACCUCCCACUUCUGCCUGUCGCCGUCGUCGCGGCCCACCUCCCCCGGCGGCAAGAAGAGGCGGAGCUCGCCGUGCGCCUCCCCGUCCCCGUGCACCUCGCGCCGCGGGAGCUACUCCGAGGAGCAUCCUGUCGCCCUGGAGAUAGGCCAGGGGGGGGACCCCCAGAGCCAAGCUCCGGGUGGUGGUGGUGGCGGCGGCGGCUGUGAGCUGAACAUCCCCCAGAAGACGCGGAAGACAUCGCUGGAGCAGGUGUCCUCCAGAGAGCUGGAGCAGGACCAUGCUCCCCCUGGCCAGUCUCCCCAGUGUCCGGUGCCAGAUCCCCCGCGGGCAAUGAGGCGAGAGCCCCCUUCCCCCUCCCCCUCCAUGGGCAUGAACUACCUGUCUGUGCCCCCUGCACUGGGCUGGGGCAGGACCAGGGCCAGCGCACACAGCCCUCUGUUCAGGUCAAAUGCUCUGCCGCCACUUGAUUGGCCGCUCCCCUCUCAGUUUGACCAAUACGAGCUGCGCAUUGAGGUGCAACCCCGCCCCCACCACCGUGCCCACUAUGAGACGGAGGGCAGCCGAGGGGCCGUCAAGGCGUCGCCAGGAGGGCAUCCCGUCGUCAAGCUUGCUGGGUACACAGACAGACAGCCCCUCUCCUUGCAAGUGUUUGUGGGCACUGCGGAUGACCGAUCCAUCAGACCACACCCAUUUUAUCAGAUCCACAGAGUUACAGGGAAAAUGGUUGGCACUGCCAGUCAGGAGAGUAUCCAGGCGGGAACUAAAUUACUGGAUAUUCCCCUCAACCCAGAGACCAACAUGACUGCUUUAAUUGAUUGUGCAGGUAUUCUGAAGCUGAGGAAUUCGGACAUAGAGCUCAGGAAAGGUGAGACUGACGUGGGGAGGAAGAACACGCGCGUGCGUCUGGUGUUCCGCACGCACAUUCCGCUGGCCCCCGCACUGGCGCCUCCGGGACGGGUGCUCGCCCUGCAGGUGGCCUCUCUGCCCAUCGAGUGCUCCCAGCGUUCUGCCCAGGAGCUGCCGGUGGUGGAGUCGGUGAGCCUGACGUCAUGCUGUGUGGAGGGGGGAGAAGAGCUGCUGCUGGGGGGGUCCAACUUCCUACCCACCUCUCGAGUACUGUUCAUGGAGAGGGGCUCAGAUGGGAAGCUGCAGUGGGAGGAGGAGGCUCAUGUGGAUCACGAUAAAAGCAACGAGUGUCUGCUGUGCGUCCGGGUGCCUCCCUACAGCGACCAAUCAGUGAGCCGGCCUGUGCCCGUGUGCCUGUACGUGUCCAAUGGGAAGAGGAAGAGGAGUGGCACUCACUGCUUCAAGUACCUGCCCCUGAUGUUCAAAGAGCAGGACCCUCUGCUGUCCCACCCCUCAGUGCUGUCCCUGGAGGGGGUGGGGGGCCUCAGGCCUUUUGGGGGCCCCGGGGUAUCGGACGGCGGCCUGCACCUACGAGGUGACACCCCGAUGGACGAGCGAGGUCUGGGCUUCCACCUGCCCCCAUACCCAGGCGACUUCUCCUACUCAGGACCCGGCUAUGGGGACGAGUACUGUCCCAAGCCGGACGGCCAAGACGAGGGUGUGGGUGGAGGAGGCGGAGGAGGCGGAGGCCGGGGAGCUCUGUCUGAGAGGCAGCCCAGCUUCGAGAGCCUGGAGCUGGGCUUCACCGAGCUGCUACCACCCCUGUACCCCCGCGCCGGCAUCCCGCAGCCCCCAUCGCCCUCCCCCUCGCCGUGGCUUGACUCCCCCUACCUGUCGUCGUCCCCGUCUCCCUCGCACUCCUCCUCCCUCAGCCCGUUCCCAGCCAGCAGCCCCAUCUCCUGCUCCCCCUUGCCCCCUCUGGCCCACUCACCCUACCCCACCUACCCCUACCCCUGCCCGUCCCCGCCGGGCACCGUUGGACCCCCGCAGGACCCCUACCCGCCGCCUCCAUAUGGCCACUACGAGGGCUGGGACCUGCAGGGCCACAGGGCAGGGGUAGGGGGCGACAGAGAGGCAGCGGCGGGGGGCAUGAAGAUGCACGAGGGACCCCCGGACUUUGCCGGCUCGACGUCCAUGGACCACAUCACCCUGGAAGAAGUGACUGAGUUCAUCGGCGAGGACAUCAGGUCUCUCCAGUGUGGGUCACACAUGGACAACCGGCCAGGAUGAUCGGCGGGGUGUUGCACCAACCCAUGUUAAAGUGCAUUCAUGAUUUCAUAACAGUAUUUCUACGGCAUUGUAUUUUGUACUAUAUAUAUAUAUAUAUAUAUUGCAUAGACAUAUGGCAACAUAUGGAAGGACUGCAGGUCUUGUUCCACCGUUGGAUUGCAAUUGAAUUACAGGGCCACAGUUGUAAGUAUGUUUGUAUAAAAAAGGGCUUCCUCUCGGAGACAGCACAUUUGAAGGAAAUUAAUGUUUUUAACCUGUUUGCUAAGUAAAUUAUGGAAUUAAAGUCGUAACACUUGUCUACAGACAGCUGUUUGUUAUUAUUUCUCUUUCUGAGCCUUAUUUAUUUAUUCUGUGUCCAUCAA